AUGCAGGAGAUUGUUUCCCAGGAUGUCGUGAGUGAAGAAUACUACUUGCUAUCUCUAGACUCUGGGCUUGCGGCUCCUAGCACACAAAUACGCCUCCCUCUCAAGCUGCCUUCGUACCUUGACGUUCCAGACUUGUCCUUUGGUACCGCGGGUAAUAACAUCUUCCAGAUUCACCGCGAAACUCUUCCAACAACACGUCUCCUGGACAAUCCAGGACAGAAGGGAGAGUUUUGUAUUAUAAAUGAGGUCUUGGUUAUGAACCUUGCUCCCUGCGUGUCUGCUAACGAUAGUAAUCCUGCAGGGAGUGACGCAGGGAAUGCCCAGAAAUAA